CCAUGCAUAUAGGAAAGCAUUCAAAUAAAGAUCACGAAACCAUUUCCCUUUCUGCCAACACUACAAAAACCAUUAUUAACUUGUACUAGCAGAAAAAUGCAACCAAAGUUUUUCUAUUUCACUCUCUUUAUCUUUCUCUUGAUCUCAACUGCCGGUUCUUUGGCUUAUAAUACCGGCGGAAGGAAAAUGAGUGCGCCGGAAACUUCAGGGUCACCUAGUGGAGGAAGUGGUGCGGCGCAUGGGCCUAAUUGGGAUUACAAUUGGGGUUGGGGUUCUAGCCCAGGAGGAGGAUGGGGUUAUGGUUCGGGCUCGGGCCGGUCUCCUAAUGGGUUCGGUCGAGGCUGGGGUUUUGGUUCUGGUUCGGGGAGUGGGUCCGGUUCUGGCUACGGAUAUGGCUCAGGAAGUGGUGGCGCUCAUGGUGGUGGAUAUGGAGCGGGAAGUGGUUCUGGUGGUAGUGGAGGUGGUUCGGGUUCAGGAAGUGGUGGCUCAGGUGGCUCCGGUGGUAGUCGGUCACCAUAAGCUUCCGAGAACCAGGUGUAAACACCUUGUUUGAUCUAGUAAUUUAUCGUGUACGAAGUAUAGCUAAGAAUGUAUUAUGACUUGAACUACGUGCAAUAUAUAUAUAUAUAUAGGGCUUGAUGUUUGGUAGAGUAGUAGACAUAUAUAUCGUGAGAAUAUGGCUAGGGUGGUAUGUAUUAAUAUGAUGAAUGUUUUAAUCAUAUGCUAAAACCGUUUGAAAAGAAAACGAGUUCUUUUUCUUUUGUGAA